AUGGCUCAAAGCAAUAUUGAGAAAGCUCGAGAGCUUCGUUUCGUCUCCAGCGAUGUAAACGUCCUGGUGCUUCCCAUCAUCUUUCGACAUGUCGUGAUGGUUCUCCCUGAGCAUGUCAACCGGUUCACAACAACACUCUUACCAAAGCGCAAAAACUUCAUUCCUGCUCUUAGAUCCAAGCUUCAUACCAUGCCUCGCCUACUCUCCAGUUACAAAGUUGACACUUGGGUUUUUGUCGUCAAUGAUCGUCGUCCUUCUUUGGAGAGCGCGUUGGCUAGCAUUGCUCCAGUGUUCGUUGGGCUCUCUAGGCUGGUUAUCACAGGGCAGAAUUUAUCUUCAAAUGCAUUUUGGCUUCGCCAACACGCUAUUCAUCCUAGCAUCAUGCUUCUCGUACACUACGGCAGCCCACAUCUUGUCAAUUUCUAUGAUCCUAUCUUCAAAUCCGUCACUCAUCUCUAUACAUGUAUUACUCAUGGACAUCGUUACUCUACCAUUGCUGAUCUCGCCUCACUAACUCACUUGGCAGUGAGCACCCGUCCAGACCUUACGGAGACGACAGCACGGAAUGUCGCUGCUUCACUCACUGCUAUUCUUCAAACGUGCACUAAUAUCACUUCACUAAUUCUCGUAAUGGAUCUUGCUGGCACGGAUGAUUUUCGCUAUCGAAUGUGGACAACCUGGCUGAAGGCAUGCCUAGAAGAUCAGCGCUUUCUUUUCUUACCACAGUACCAACCGCCACGUAUGGAGUGGAGUUCCAUUGUCAAUGGAAGGAAGACUCUAUGGGACAGGGCUGACGAAUGGCGUCGGCUCAGCGAGAUUUCGGAGCCUAUGAGAUCCAAACUGAUGCGCCAAUUGGUAAUUCAGAACGAAAAAGAAAGGAUGGCGUUUCCUCCUCCAGGAGAUCGGAGGGAGGAAGAGUGGGAGAUUGACCUGGUUCAGCGCGACAAUUAUCAUUCUCAAGCGGAUGACCCAGACCUCAGGGGAGGGACUGGGUUCAUUUCUGCUUUCGGUUGA